AAUGUUUGGAAGCAUGUUUUAAAAAAGAAUUAAACUACCUUGAUCAGCUAACCUUCGUUAUCAAAAGCUGCGGUCUUGUCACUACUUCUUCCCUGGUGGUUUGUUAUUUUUCAAUUCUCAUUACCUAGCCCGUUUCUUUUUGGAGCUCAAUCCCAGGUUCUCCUUUUAUUGCAUGACCGACGAGGCCAUGCUUGCCACAAAUUGACCGUCUGUUCCAAUGCCUACUAUCAUCAGCCCCUUCCAAUGAUCGAUCAGUCACGACAUUUAACUGCUUUACGAGGACGGGCAAAUCUGAGUACUUCCUGCGGCACACGAUGGCCGGACUCCCAGCCGCUCACCGCAGGCAGAGCGUUAGCCGCAAAGCACGCAACCGAUGGAAUGUCAGGAGACACUUAAGCUUACGAAAUGCUCUUGUUCUCCUCUGGGUCAUUGUGCUUUGGUGGGGUGAGCGACGGGUCUUUCGCGAAAGUUUUCAGGCUUGCCAAUGGAGUUCCUGGGAACGUUGGCCUCCUGGAUCCGCUCCGCAUCAUGUCGCUCUCAUCGCUGACCCUCAAUUGGUCGAUCCUCACACCUACCCAGGAAGACCGUGGCCUCUUUCCAGUUUGACUGUCAGUUACACUGAUCUAUACCUUCAACGAUGCUAUUCACUUCUUCAAACUUAUCUUCGCCCGGAUACCCUGUUCUUUUUGGGAGAUCUUUUUGACGGUGGCCGGGAAUGGGGCACCGAGAAGAGCGAGAGCCCGGAACAACAAUGGAAGAAGUAUGGCGAAAGCUUCUGGUUACGCGAAUAUGACCGAUUUGGCCGAAUAUUCUUCGACCAUUGGGAAGAUGGGGGAGCGAAACCGGGCCGGGGACAGCAAGGGCGGAAAAUAAUUUCCAGUCUGCCUGGAAAUCACGAUCUUGGACUUGGUGUCGGAAUUCAACUCCCCGUCAAGGAUCGAUUUAAUGCUUACUUUGGAGACGGCAACCGAGUGGAUGUAAUCGGAAAUCACUCAUUUGUUUCGGUUGACACGGUAUCUCUGAGCGCCUUAGGUCAAACCAAUCCUUCCGCGGUUGGCGUGCAGCCCGACGUGGCCGAGAAUCUCUGGAAACCUGUGAUGGAGUUCUUGGAUAGUGUACCAGCCAUGAAGCGAAGACUUGCGGACCAAGAAAUCUGGAGACUGAAUGGACGCCCGCAGCACUCGCUCCAGACACAUACAGCUGUUGACGCUGACGAAUAUGUGAAGCCGGAAGGAACGGGCCCCGCAGUAGGCGUGGGCUUAGUUGAUCUCCCAACAGUAUUACUCACCCAUAUCCCCCUUUAUCGCGCACCUGGUACGCCGUGCGGACCUUUUAGAGAGCAUUGGCCGCCUUCAAAGACAAGUGGUGGAUCUCAGCCACUCGAGAGCGACGAUCGAAAUGCCAUCGCAGUCCGUGCCGGCUACCAAUACCAGAAUGUGCUGACCCCGGAGAUAUCGAAAGAUGUCGUCGAGAAGGUGGGCAACGUGGGCUUGGUGUUCUCUGGAGACGAUCAUGACUACUGCGAAAUCGUUCACCGCGAAUUCACAGCUCCUUCACAGCCAGGCGGUGGCCCUGGUAGCGCUGGCAUCAAAGAGAUCACUGUCAAGUCCUUCUCGUGGGCGAUGGGCGUCCGGAAACCAGGCUUCCUCAUGCUAAGCAUGUGGAACCCCCUGGACGCAGUUGGUCAGUCCCAAGGCACAAGAUCGAGUGGCCACGGUGCGCCUGCUGCUUUCGUGGGCGACCCCACGAUCGAGACUCACCUAUGCUUGCUACCGGAUCAGCUAGGUAUCUUUAUGCGCUAUGGAAUUGUGCUUGGAAUCUCUUUUGCUCUGUUAUCGAUUCGAGCGGCCUACAUUAUGUUCUCGAAACGGCCCCCUGUGCAUGCAACCUAUGCCGCUGGCGAGGAUAGCGAUGAAGAUGAUGAGCCCCUACUCCCAUUCACAUGGGCGCCUGAGUCAACCUUCAAUUUUACCUCACCCGCUCCUUCUUCGGCGGAACACGAGAAGGCUGCUGCACAACAAGAGCAACAGCAGUAUCGAGUAAGAUCUACAUCGCUAGCUGCCGGAGCGGGCAACUCGCACAAGUCCUAUCGCUCCGAGUCCUCUAUUGUAGCCUCCAAUGAUACUAGUGGACUCUCCGCGCGCUCUUCAAAAGUCAGAACGCGCAGUUUCAGCCCUGGAGGUCGAGAUGGCAAGUCUAGAACCGGCGGCUAUAGACUCCCCCUAUCGCAAAUGGCCACCAAUGGCAAGGAUUCGUACCAGGAUUUUGGUGACGAUGAGGGAUCGAAAAUGGAUAAGUUUGUGCCGGCCAGUGCCGAGAGCGUUGUGAACAUCAAUGCCAAUUUACUGGGUGACGUAUCCAGCAUGUCCGCUCCCCGGAAAAAACAAGGAAAAGUUUCAAGAAUGGGCAGAGAACUCUUGACAAGCAUGAUGCAAGUUGCAUGGGUCGUUCUUUUAUGGUAUGGGUGGCUUAUUUGGACAGGCUAAACGCCUUGGUUUUUGGUCUGUUUGGUUGAUUUGAAAUGCAUCUGUUGUGGUCCCUUUGAUUGUGAUCCGGGGGUAACGGCGUUUAGAGGUAGCAUAUCAUCUUGGUCGCAGCGAGGCUGAGAUCAACAAGACAAAUUCUUCAAUAUAGUAAAGAGCAUAAACAGAAAAGUGUAAUAUGUGUAUAUAGGCAUCGUAAAUCUUUAUAUUCCACGCC